GGCUUUCUGGGCUCAAUAACUACAUCGUUGGUUUCGGGUCGAUGAUCUUCGGCUACGCGGCCGGCGUGCCCCUCCCACAAGCGCUGCCACCCUACCUCCUCCUCCUCCUCCUCCUCCUCGACCCAUAGUCGGAGCACUAUUUGCUACCCACCGCAGGCAGUUGUUGAAAGCAAAAUGCCUAAAAACCCUAAGCGGAAGCGCGCUCUCUCGCCGAUCCGAUCCCUCGAAACCCUUAAGCCUUCCUCCGAGCACUACCCGGACCUCCCAUUCCCCACCCCGGAGCAAUGCCGGGACGUCCGCGACGCCCUCCUCGCCCACCACGGCUUCCCGGAGGAGUUCGCCAAGUACCGGAGAUCCACCACUAGUCCACUGGGUGCGGAGACGGCCGUCGAUGGAGUCGCCGGGGAAACAGUUCUUGAUGGACUUGUGAGCACUCUAUUGUCGCAGAACACCACCGAAUCGAACUCGAGAAGGGCUUUCGAGUCCCUCAAAUCCGCCUUCCCCACUUGGGAACACGUUCUUGCUGCGGAAUCGAAGCUCGUAGAGGAUGCCAUCAGAUGUGGAGGCUUGGCUGCGACCAAGGCAGCGAGGAUAAAGAGCAUUCUGAGAGCAUUGAAGGACAAGAGAGGGCAGAUUUGCUUGGAAUACUUGCGCCACCUGUCUGUUGACGAGGUCAAGACUGAGCUAUCAAUGUUUAAGGGAAUAGGACCAAAAACGAUAGCAUGCGUCUUAAUGUUCCAUCUUCAGCGAGAUGAUUUCCCAGUGGACACUCAUGUCUAUCGGAUCACAAGGGACAUUGGUUGGGUACCUAUGAAAGCUGACAGGGAGCAGGCUUAUCUUCAUCUCAAUAAUAGAAUACCUAAUGACCUGAAGUUUGACCUAAAUUGUCUUCUUGUAACUCAUGGAAGACUUUGCCACAGAUGUGCCAUCAGGGGCGGUAGCCAGAAAACUUCACGUUCUUUCACUUCUUGCCCUCUCGCUGAGUAUCAGAAGAGUAGGAGAGUAAGCUAAGCAUUUUUCAAUUUGUAUUCUCUCUGUUACAUACCAGAUGUUAGAUUGGACUCCCGACUUAUAGUUUGUCUAGGGAGCACUGGUAAGUGAGUCUCCCACCGGUUCGGGAUCUAGGGAUGGUUAAUGUACAUAGUCUUAUUCCAAGUUGUCUACUUGCAAAUGAAAUAUUCAAUUCUGUAGAAAACUAAAGAAAAGCAGUUUUGCCCUUCACCUAUUUGUUUUCGAGGAAUAUUGUCCAAAGAGACUUAUUCUCCAUCACAGAACAAUAAGAAAUAAAAAUAGUUCCCUUCUAUUAGAAGAAUCACAAUGCAUCACUUUGACCUUGUCCUAGGACACGUGAUCUCCCAGAUAAUAGAUUUCUGUAGUUCCUUGUUACCAAACAAAAGAGGAAACCUUUCUUAAUCAAAACAAUCAAUCAUGCAUUGUUACACUGAUUCAUUUUGCUUUAGUUGUCUGCUAGUUCUGUCAGCUGGAAUUUGCUAACAGUUGAUGACCUGCUAGUCCAAUAAGGACACCUGUUUAAGAGGAAAACUUGGCUCAGUAGGAUUCUUGCAAGGAAGCAGCAGAUUUAAGGAAAGGCUAGCCUUUGUUAGAUUUGAUCUCACCAUGUACUAUUACUGCAUUCAAGGUUAGAUUUUUAAGCAAAUUUAUUAGGAUGGGAUUUGUCAGGAAAAAAGUGGUUGAAAGACAAAGCUGUCUUUUUCUUCAAAAAAGUCUCUUCAAGCUGAAAUCAGAGUCUGGAAAGCAGUCAUCAACUCAAAUUCAGUGACUUGUCAUCCAAUGGUUUUGGUACUG